AUACCUAUCUUCUUACUCCUACAUUUCCACAGCUUAAAAUAGUUGAAAACUAUGGGCUUUGCAAAUUCUCUCUGUUCUUUCUUUCUUCUUCUUCUAGCUCUAGUACUCUAUGAGGUCAAUGCACAGCCUCUGGUCCCUGCAAUGUUCAUAUUUGGGGAUUCAGUUGUUGAUGCAGGCAACAACAAUCACCUCUACACCAUUAUAAAAGCAAAUUUCCCUCCUUAUGGUAGAGACUUUGUCAAUCAUAAACCAACCGGCAGGUUCUGCAAUGGAAAACUUGCUUCAGACUUAACUGCUGAGAACCUAGGCUUCACUUCUUACCCACCAGCCUAUCUUAGCAAAAAAGCCAGAGGCAAGAACCUCCUGAUCGGUGCCAACUUUGCCUCUGCUGCUUCUGGUUACUAUGAAACUACUGCAAAGCUUUAUCAUGCAAUCCCAUUGAGCCAGCAAUUGGGGAACUACAAGGAAUACCAGAAUAAGAUAGUAGGAAUUGCAGGGAAAUCCAAUGCUUCAUCAAUCAUAUCCGGUGCACUCUAUCUUAUUAGUGCUGGUAGCAGUGAUUUUGUUCAAAACUAUUACAUUAACCCUCUUCUCUACAAGGUCUACACUCCUGAUCAGUUCUCAGAUCUUCUCAUACAAUCCUAUACAAGUUUCAUCGAGGAUUUAUACAAGCUGGGAGCGAGAAAAAUUGGAGUGACAUCACUGCCACCACUUGGAUGCUUGCCAGCAACUGUCACAAUAUUUGGGUUUGAUAGCAAUGAAUGUGUGGCCAAGUUAAACAAAGUUGCAGUUUCCUUCAACAACAAGCUCAAUUCCACAUCUCAAAGCCUGGUAAACAAGCUUUCAGGCCUCAAUUUGCUUGUUUUCGACAUCUAUCAACCUCUUUACGACCUUGUCACAAAGCCUGCUGACUUUGGAUUUGUAGAGGCAAGAAAGGCUUGCUGUGGAACAGGAUUGGUAGAAACAUCAAUAUUGUGCAAUGGAAAGUCUCCAGGAACAUGUGCAAAUGCGUCUGAGUAUGUAUUUUGGGACGGUUUUCAUCCAUCGGAGGCCGCAAACAAGAUCUUAGCGGACGAUUUGCUUACCAGUGGCAUUUCUCUCAUAUUUUAAUAAAAUGCUUAAAAUUGACUACUUUCAUAAUUGAAUUUGUCUAAAUGGCAUUGCUUAAUUAAUCUUUGUUUGAGAGUAUGGCUGUGUGUAUUUGGUGUUGGAAUGUGUUCGGUAGACAUCAUGGUUUGAAUUUAGCAUGUCGAAGGUUUUCAAUUUUUACAUUAAAUUGCUCGAUGUAGCUUAAGUUGAUGCACUGUUGUUUACAUGUAAUCCUUUGUGUAUGAAUAAAACAUAAUACUACGUCCAUUUAUUUUGUCUUCAA